AACGUGUGUGGAGCUGAUACCGAUGAGGAGCUGUCACUGAGGCUGAUGGACCCUUCACUCUCCGCGGUAUAAUCCCCGCGGAGGGACACGGUUACCGGAUUACUCCACGUUAAUGUCUGUUCUUCGUGUUUUCUUUUUAAUAUAAACCUUCAAACAUGACUUCGGUUUGGAAGAGGCUCCAGCGGGUGGGAAAGAAGGCGGCCAAGUUCCAGUUUGCUGCGUCGUUUCAAGAACUGAUGAUAGAAUGCUCUAAUAAAUGUUUAUAUCUAUAAUGACGGUACAAACUGUGAAGAUUAACAGCACUGACCCUGUCUGAUUGAAGACUGAACAUUCUGAUAUCAGCAUUAGCAGGCAGCCAGACAAGCUGAGGGUGGUUUGGAUCAGGAGGAACAGACGACACAGCACAAAGCUCCACAGCUGGCAGCCAGGGAUUAAAAACCCAUACCGAGGUGUGGUGGUCUGGCACGUCCCAGAGAGUUUAGACAUCACCGUCACGUUGUUUAAGGAACCUACUGCAGAGGAGUAUGAAGACAAAGACUGGACCUUUGUCAUUGAGAAUGAGACCAAAGGUCGCAGGAAGGUGUUGGCGUCUGCUGACGUGAACAUGAAGAAGUUUGCAAGUGCGACGCCGGCUCAGUUCGACCUCACCCUGAAGCUCAAACCACUCUCUGUCAAAGUGAUCGAAGCGACGCUCAAACUCAGCCUGUCCUGUGUGUUUCUCAGAGAGGGAAAAGCCACAGACGAAGACAUGCAGAGUUUAGCGAGUCUCAUGAGUAUAAAAACGAGCGACAUCGGGAACCUGGACGAUUUCAAUGACAGCGAUGAAGAAGGUGGAGAGGAGAGGAGGCCGAGCUUUGGAAGCGGACAGACUCCUCAUAUUACGGCUUCUUCUACAAACAGACUUCAUGACCUGGCCUGGAGGCCUGCUGUUGAGUCAGUGCCCACAGUAACCUCAGAGAUGGACUGGGAAUCCUCCUCUGGUUUCUCCUCCUCCAUCUCGCUCCCACCUCUUCCUCCUCUUCCUGAACCCCCUGUCCCUUCCGUCCCUCUAUCUUUACGCUCUCACCCCCCGACCUCCGCCCAGCCGGCUCGUCCCUCCCUCUACGCCUACUCACUGCCCGCCUUCACACGAGCUCACCCUCCUGCGCUUCCUAAAAUCUUCCAGCCAGGUGCUGGAUCAGCCCCUCGGAGGCCUCACAGCUUCCACUGUGACUCGUCUCCGGCUGAAGCUUUGGAGGCCACGGUUUUCUCCUCCUUCACUCCUUCUUCUAAAGCGCUCUCCACCUCCUCUCUGUCCUCUGCUCCUUCUGAUCCAUCUCUCCAUCCUCCGUCUGUGUUUGAAACCUCACGGACAGCGUGGAGUGCUCAGAACGUCCCCUCCUCUUCCUCUGUCUCCUCCUCCUCCUCAUCUUCAGCUCCUCUCACCUCCUUCCCUCUUAUACCCCCGCCUCCUCCUGCGUUCCGACAGCCUAAACCUCGCCUCCCCCCUACAGGGGAGUCAGGCUCAGCCCUCACCCGUCCCACCAGUCUGCCGUCUGCUCCUGAAACAGCCUCCUGGCAGAGUGAAUGGAGGCCUCCUAAAUCUCAGGUCCCAUUAGCCCAGCCGGCUCUCUCUCCUAAGUUUCUUCAUUUCUCUGGGAAUGAUCCCAUUCAGCAGAAAAAACAGCGACUAGAGACGCCAUCGUCAGCUUCCUCUCUGUCCUCUGCGCCCUCUACGGAGCAGAAACAUGAAGGAAAGUCUGAAUUUGUUCCUUCUUGGAGACAUCCAGUCCCCCUGACUGUAGAAACCUCCUCACCUUCUUCUUUAAGUUCUUCUUCUGCUCUCUCUGGGCCUUCAGCUCCUCUUCCUCCUCCUCAGCCUCAUAUUUCUCAAACAACCCCUCCCAGUGAUCCAGAUGCAGAAUUUAAGAGACAGCUGAGCACGCUCAGUGAGGAGGACAACCAGAGUACGACGCCUACGACCGCUGAUCCUCGACCUCCUGCAGGCUGGAGGACGGAGCCGUUCAGAGCUUCGGAACCAAAAAAAGAUGCACACUUUGGAUUCGAGGUUGUCAGAGCAUCAGCAGGACCUGAGAGCAUGGCCUCCCUUUUGCCCCCAAACCCCAAAACACCCACAGCCAAAGGACUCAAAUAUUCUGAGAUGCCCAAAGCACAGAUGGAUCCAACAGAAUCAAGGACAUUCCUAAACAUCCAGCCAGCACUUCCCCCACUUCCUGUCACUGCUUCAAAUAUGCCAAACCCUGAUCUUCAUGGUCAUCCCCCUGCCUCCGCGAAGGAGCUCUCAAAAAAACCAAGAGGUCAUCUCUCCAAGAUGUCCAUUCAUUUAGAGAGUCCAGUACCUCACCCAGAACCUGUUGAACAUACACCAGUUUCUCCUACUAAACUCCAGCCUACUUCCAUGUCACUUGAGGGACCUUUGCUGCACUCGCCUAAAACUGCUGCAGUUUCUGGGAAAAAAACAAAAGCAAGGAAAGGAGUGACCGAGAAAAAGGAUGCUGUAACCAUAGAUGAUAGAAAUGAAAGCAUGGUUACUUCAGUGCCAUCCUGCCCAAGUGAUACGAGUUCCACUUUACCACCUAUGGUGAUAAACAAAGUCCCAGUCCAGUUUGGACAACAACAAUCCAUCAUGACAAACUCAGGGAGGGAAAAAACACAGAGAUGUAGUCAGGACAUUUGCCCCUCUAUACCAGUGUCCGAUAUCAAUAAGGAAAUUCUGGGCAGCCGACCUGUGUCUGAUCAAGAACCUUCAAGUUUGAACCCAACUUCUGAGUCUUCCUUAGCAGAGAAGACCAUAGCUGACCAUUUAUCAGAGGAAAGAGAAGAAUCUAAAGUGGAAGUUGGAUCAUCUGUUACAAAAAGUGUUGUUAUGCAUGGCUUUGAUAAAGAACACUGUACAGAGAAAGAGAGGAAUGAAAAUGUGUCUUUGUCAAAGGAAAGAGAUCGAGGACUAAUGAAGGAACUUACACUGCCAAGCUCUCCAGCUGGUACUCAAGGAAAAUGUUUGUAUGUGUCUAAGAUGAAACUUGGUCAACUGUCCCCGAGAGGUAGAUCUGUCUCUCAUUUGCCACCUGCUGUGAAGCCUGAAGUUCAUGCUCAAAGAACAGUCAGACCGCCAAGUAUGACUAUGUUACAGGCAAGUUGUCCACAAUAUUCCCAGAUUCCUGGUGUCCCUUCCUUGGAUGAACCCCAUCUUCUGGGUUGGCCUACUAAAUGGAGCUCAUCCUUUCAAAAGUUACCUAGUAACAGAUUCCCUUUACUCCUGAAUUCAGGUUAUUUUACUUCACUAUAUGAGGGUGGACAAGGAAUUGCAAAAAUGGUCGACCUAUCCCCAUCCUGCCCCAGGUCUGCCAGUAUUCCUGGAUUCCCAUCUGCUUUGAAACGUAAGCCAAGCAUGGCUAACAUUUUACCCACAUGUCCCAGAGUUUGUACAGUUCUAGGAUUACCUUCCUCUGGAUCGGUGACUGGGGAAGACACAAGUGUUUGGGACUGGUGUUCUCUGUGGGAGAAGCCUUUGCAGGUAAAAGAACUUGUUUCAGACAUGUCUGGUGUCAAGGAACAAACAGGCAGUGAGCCAAAUAUGGUUAAAGCCAUGGUGUCCAUAUUGCCAACAUGUCCUAGGAAAGCAACAGCUCCAGGGUUUCCAUCUGUGCCAUUGCAAGAAGCUUUGAGUCCUCCAAGUAUGGCAAGUCUUCUCCCCACAUGCUCCAGACAGACUAGAGUUGUAGGUAUGCCAUUCAAGCAAAGAACUAUGGCAAAUGAUGAUAUCUGGCAUUUUGGAAGGGAAUUGAUAAUAGAUAGACAGGAUGAAAAGUCAAAUCUGUACAAAGAACGAUCAAAACAUAUGCUGCAUAUAGCACCAUGUCUUCCUUGGAAGGAAGAACUUCCUAGUUCGACCAGUGAAACAGAAAUGAUAAGUUCAGUGGCCAUGCUGCCCUCAUGUCCUGUUAGAACUUGCCUUUGGGGGAUUCCUACAAGACCCAAGAAACAGUUACCUAGAAUCACAAGCCUUAUGCCAAUGUGUCCUAGAAAGACCUACACUCUGGGUAUGCCAUCCUGUGAUCAAGACAUAGCUGAGAACAAAGAUUGGCAUGCCUUUGGAAGAACCAGCAAGAAGAACCAAAGAGAGAAAACCCUGGCUUAUAUUAUUCAUUGGAAACCAAAGGACACAGGCAUCAUUGGCAGUAUGGUAGAGAUGUUGAUGAGCUGUCCACAAAAAGCCAAAGUUUUUGGCAUACCCUCUGCUCCACAGCAAGAGCCCAGUAUGGUAAAUAGAAUUUCCAUAAGACCCCAGGGAUGGCUACCCUGCAUUGUAAGUCUUAUGCCAAUGUGCCCUAAAAAAGCAAGAACUCUGGGUAUGCCAUCCCAUGAUCAGAAUAUUUUGGAGACAGAAGAUUGGCAUGCCUUGGGAAGAUUCAACAAGAACCCAGAAAAGAAAACAAAGGCUUAUAUUGAUCAGUGGAUUCCCAGAGACACAGGCAUUCUUUACAGUAUGGUAGAUAUGAAGAUGAGCUGCCCACAAAAAGCCAAAGUUUUUGGCAUGCCCUCUGCCCCACAGCAGGAGCCCUGUAUGGUAAAUAUAGUUCCUUCCUGCCCCAGGAAUAGUGGAGUCCCUGGUUUACCUUCAAAGAUUGGCCAAAAAUGUUGUUCUGAAUGGCUUGCCACUGCAAAUUUGCACCUGGAGAACCCAUUAAUAAAAAAGAAAGUGCAGACUCUAAACAAAGUCCAACCAUUCGAUAAGAACUCUGCUGAAAUUAUGAUUUCCACAGUACCUUCCUGCCCUGAUUUUGCUAGUGUAGCUGGGUUUCCAUCUCUAAUGACAACCUCAUUAGCUGAUAACCAAAGUGUGAUGAAUGUAUUGCCAAGUCUCAACAAGGAGCCAAGAGUUCCUGUAAGUCCUCUUAGACAUUGGACGAUAUUGCCCUAUUGCGCUCAUACAGCAUGUUUGCAGGGCUUACCAUCAGAACCACAUCAGAUGUUGGAGGAUAACUUAAGUAUGGCCAACCUGCUGCCUACUUGCCCAGGACAAUCCAUUGUUUAUGGAAUAGCCUCCAGAUUUCACAGUGAGUCUGAGGAAUUAGAGUGGAGCGACUGGAGUGAGUGGCCUUUUACAAACCAAAAAAGACUGCCAGUUAUACAUGAUAUCAUGAAGAUAUAUUUAAGUGACAAGCCAGUGGUUAGAAUUAUGAUUUCAAUGUUGCCGCCCUGUCCCAAAGACUCUCUUAUUCCUGGUGUUCCCUCAAAGCUAAGACAGAGACCAGUGCCAACUUUGUUGAAAGAGGAACCCAGCAUGUUGAAAUCUUUAGCGAGUUUCCCAAAAAAGGGUAGAAUUCCCGGUUUGCCAGCAAAGAGCUGGUAUAAAAAGGAUGAUGGCUGGAACUUGGAAGGGGAUGCCAUUUGGGAAAAGUCAUUCCACCAAAGGUAUGGAGUUAUUCAUGAAGGUUUCAUAGUUCAAAUGACUUAUAGCGAGAAAGAAAUCAUGUUGAGUAUGCUUCCAUCAUGUCCAAGACAAGCCCUGAACCCUGGAUUUCCAUCCGCUCCACGACCCAAAGAUGCCAUCAUGGAACAAAAUCCAGUCAUGGCACAAUUGCUACCAUGUUGCCCAACACAAUCAAGCAUUAUUGGUUUACCUUCAAGAGUGUCUGUUGAUUGUGAUCCCAAAGAAACAGGCUGGCAAGAGACAAUGGCAAAGUAUGGUGCCCCUCAGAAGGACGUAACAAAGGCACUUAGCAUUUCUCUCAGUACUACCUUCACAUCAGUCAAAACAUCAGAUGUAGAUGGGCUUGCAAGUAUUGUGAAUAUGGUACCAUCUUGCCCAAGGCAAGCGUCUAUUCAUGGGGCCCCAUCAUUACACCAUUCAGGACAAGAAUGGUUAUACAAAUCCCCACCCUCACCAUCUGGACUGAAAGAAGCUAAACAGGAAAAGAGAACCCUGAUUGGUCAGCCAUUAACACUGGAUAAAAAUAUCAUUAGUGAAGUGGCUCUCAGAGACAGAAAAAUGGAAUUUAUCAUUCCAAACCAAGGAGAUGCACCAUACAGAAAGACAACAAAGUCAACAACCUACCAGGUAGAGGCAAUUUUCACAGGUUUAGCAUCAUCAAAUUCUGAAUGCCAAUUGAGCCAGCCAUCUUCUGGAGUUGAUGAGAGUGAGAUGUUGCCAGAUCUUAGUGCAAGUGAAGAAACAUCUGAUGUAUAUCCGCCUCUGGAGAUGCUUAAAGAUGAACAGACAUUGCAGAAACUAGACAAAGCUGAAGAAACAGCAGUCCUAGAGAAAGGAAACUUGCAAUGCAGUAUGUGGCACUCAGCCCCUGAUAUACCACUAAUCUUGAGUGUUAGGAAGAGAGAUGAAAACAUGGUUUCACUACAGCCGUCAAGCACAAUUCUUGCUGAGACAGCAGAACUCCCAUCCCAUACCCAAAUAAGUAACACUGAGCAGCAAUACUCUGCCAUUCAAUGGGAGGAACUGCCAAAAGCUACUCCAGUUAAAUGUCCUACAGAAAAGGCCAUACUGUGGGAAGAGCUGCCAAAGGUGACAACGGAGGUGAACACUCUGAAUGAGGAAACAAAAACUUUCAAAGAAAUGGUCCCAUUGUUACCUGGUGCUGCUUUCAUCAUGGGCCGACCUGCAACACCAGAAAACAAGGGUGAAAUGAAGGCUGAAGCUGGAAUUCCUGAUCUGGUGCCAAUAAACCCAACAGUUACAAGCACAUUUGACUUCGGUUGCCUUACAUUCAUGGACAUUGCAGCUACUCAGGAUAAGCUGUCGAAAGACAAUGAAAUUGAAUGUGCUCUUACUUUGAAAGGAGCAGUGGUGGAAAAAAAGCCUAUAUUGCCUGAUGAACAGUCUGUUUCAUAUAAUCUAGAGCCUGUGUACAAGCAGGCUUCCUUCUUGUAUAACUGUCCCAGUGUGACAAACAUUCCUGGCAUGCCAUCCAAAUUACCCGUGAAACAUAAAAAUCACUUUCCUGUAAAUCAGCAGCCGAUUUGGGAGAAGAAAUCACAAAAGAUGGGGAUGUUACAGCUUUGUGCAUCAAAACAUGAGCAGGACAAGAAGGAAAUGGUUUUACUGGCACCAUCUUGCCCCAGUAAGGCCAGAAAUCCAGGGUUCCCAUCUGUGCCACAAAUCCACCAAGGGCCGAGUAUGUUUGAUAUGAGUCUUUCUUGUCCAAGUGUAUCUCUUAUCCCUGGUUCACCAUCUAUCUGUGAAUGCAAUAUCAGAUCAUGGGUUUCAGAUGAACCACUUUUGGAGAAGAAAAUGCACAGUGAACCUGCUGCCAUGAUAGUGCCACAAAGGGAAAAGGAUGACACUAAACCAAUGGGAGCUUUGGUAGGGACUUGCCCAAAACAUUCUUGCAUAACAGGCAUCCCAUCCAUUCCCCAACAUCCUGUAGCGCAUCUUGAACCAGAUAGUCUUUUGAGGUUUGGCCCUGGCAGUUCUGAACCUGAACCCAAAAUAACCACAAAUAUGGUUAGUCUUUUAAGCUCAAAUGUGUCACAAAUACCAGGAUUUCCAUCAUCUGAUAACUCAAAAGAAUGGACGGUCAACAAAGAGCCACUAACUGAACCAAGAAUACAAGGAAGGACGGCAGCAUUGACUGGCAAAUGUCAAGCAGAUGACAGAGCAAUGAAAGCAAUGUUGUCCCUCAUACCAUCCUGUCCAAAAGGAGCACAGACGCCUGGAUUUCCCUCUUGCCCAAAUCCCACAGCUGUUUAUUUUUCACCAGAUAUCAUCAGCCUCUUUGCAUUGUGCUCUCAAGCUUCCAGAGUAUCUGGAUUCCCAUCAGUUGAUCUGGAUUCGAGUCUAGGAUGGAUUACAGACAAGGAUUCUUUGCUGAAGAGGAAACCAAAGAAGGGGAUCAUACUCAACACACAUAACUACAAUAAAAAGAUAAUGAGAAAUACUGUUUCUUGUGUACCAUCCUGUCCUAAAGUGUCAAGUAUUCCUGGCUUCCCAUCUAUUCCAAAUCCCAAAGUUGUCUAUUAUGGCCCUGAUGUGAUCAACCUCCUUCCUCUGUGCCCCAUGUCUUCAGACAUUCCUGGAUUUUCAUCAGUUGAAGGGAAAACACUGAAUUGGGCUGCUGAAUUGGGUUCAGUGAUGCAAAGAUCACAAAAGACAAUUCAGUUUAGUAUCUACAGCUGGCCAGGUAUUAUAGAAAACCCCAACAUGAUGAUUGCUCUAGUCCCAUCUUGCCCAAGAAAGUCACAGAUAUCUGGUUUCCCAUCUGUCCCACGAUACAGUAUGCUGAGUCUUUUACCUAUUUGCCCCAAAGUGUCCAGCUUCCCUGGAUUUUCAGCCUUUGGUGGGGCCUCGAACUUCCAAUGGCCUGUUGAUCCGCACACUUAUUAUGCUAAGCCAUUGAAGGGAAUAGUUUUAAUGAUACACAGUCAAACUCAAGAGUUUAAUACUAUUUCAUCAAUGUAUGCCUUAUCACCAUCUUGCCCAGAAACCUCCAGGAUCCCUGGGUUCCCCUCUGCACCUCAAACAAAAUCCAAGAGUGAACCCGAAAUGAUAAGUUUUGCACAUUGCUGCUCCAGUGCUUCAAGUCUAAAAGGAUUUGCAUCCAUGAAAGCAAUCCCAAGCACAUGGUCACUGGAUGAAGCUGAAAUAAUGAUGAAGCAACAAGAGAAGAAGGCAGAAAUGAUUGUGCUAGCUGCUGGACCAGAUUGGGUAUAUUGCUACAACCUGAGAAGCAUGGUCACUUUAGUGACGUCCUGCCCAAAAGAGGCCAGAAUACAAGGCUUUCCCUCUGCUCAGGUGUUGAACAGACCACCAAACAUGAUCAGCUUAUACACUGUUGCACCAUGUGUUUCAUGCAUUCCAGGUUUCCCAUCUGCACGGAUGCUUAGCUAUGAACGUAUGAACACCCAAACCAAGAAAAUACACAAUGAGUCUUUGUUUGAAAAACAGCAGAUUGAGAAGAUGUCUCCUCUUGCAAAUAUCAGUGCAAAACCCAAACUAGCACAAGAUGAAAUGAAGUGCAUGGUAGCAAUGGCACCGUCAUGUCCACACUUGUCUGGUACCUCUGGGUUCCCAAGCAUUUCACAACUGAAUCCAGCUGAAGAGCAUACAACGACCAACCCAGUCCCUUGUUGUACAGAGGAGCAAGCAUUGCAAGAGCUGUCUCAUGCAACACCAACUGAGUCAGAUGUAAAAGAUGCAAGAAGAGAUAGCGUUCCUUCCACGAACAGUGAAACACUUGAAUAUGAGGAAAAAGUUGAAGGUGAAGCAGAGCCAAAAGUUGACCUAUGUUUAGAUGAUGGCAAACCCCCCAAAAAGAGGAGUGUGACGGAGGACAUCCAAAUAUUGAAGAAACCGUUGCACACUUCUGAGCCGGUGAGAGUGUUGGGUUGGGAAGUUCUGGAAGCAGAGGGAACAGUAACAGAAAAACAAGAAUCUUCUUUGCUGUCAAAAGAUGAGGAGACUUCAGGAUUAGUAAAGGCUAUUGUGGGUGUUUUCCACAAAGGUUAUGAAACAGUAGCAUCCAUUUUGGGGCCAUCUACCUCUACGGUAGCUGAAGUGGAUCACCAACCCAAGGCUGUCCCCUCUAUCGACCAGGAGCAAAAGACACCAACCCCUUCAGAUGAGAUUCUUCCACAAUGUAAAGACAACACUGCCCCUGCUGAGAAAGUAGAGGCCCAGUUUGAAGAGACCCUCACCACUGAAUAUCCUGCAAGUGUUGAGCCUUACAUGUUUCACUUACUUGGUGAUCGAUCAUCUCCAUCACUACCUUCUGACAGUGAUGAUGAGUAUUUGAAAUGUACAAGCAUGAAGAAAUGGCCACCGCUGACAGAGGCUGAUAUCACUGAAAUCUCAAAGGAUGAUGGUGGGCAAGUAGAGGAACAGGACAUUGAUUUUGAACAAUGGGAAACAAAGGAAAGUGUACUCACAGAGCAGGAAUCUGUUAAAAAACAAGGAGAUGUUGAAAGUUUGAUAGUUAGGCAUCAGACUGAGACAGAACAGCAAGAUGUUGAAACAGCAGCAACUUCUGCAAAGUUGGAUAUGGGCCCCCAACAAACAAGCAUGGAAGACAUAGUUCCUAGAGCCCUGCAGCCCACGUCAGAUAUUUCACUAGCAGAUGCCAGUGUACAACAGGAGAUAUUAAUAGAGAAAUCUAUUGAUCUGAGGGACAUAGGUCCAGUUCCUACACUUGUGCAGCCCAUGUCAGAUGAUUCACUGGUAGAUGCCAACAUACAAGAGGAGAUACUAGUAGAGAAACCGGCUGAUUUGAAGGAAAUUUGUCCAGUUGGGCCGCAAACUGACAUUGUAGUCCCAAAGCGAGGCAGAAGACCAAAGAGGAAGCUUCCAGAACCUCCUCAGAAAGUCAACGGUCAAGAGAGAAGCACUGUUCCUGUAAGACCACUCAGAAGAAAGGAUAGUUUAACACCGGACCGCAAACAAAAUACCGAAAGUGUGUUGGCCAAGCAGAUCCGUGAAGUUAUUCCCUUGGAGAACAGAAGUAAAGACGCACCUCAAAAUGAGGAAAACCAAGAAUGUCUUAUUAUUCACGCAACACAAGAAGGAGGGGACAAUAGACAAGCAACAGAGGCUGAAUCUGUGAAUGCAUCCAUAGAUGUUGCCCUUCCACCUGGUGCCAAAAGGAGAGAUGGUAGUUUACCACCUUGCAAGCCUCUGAGGAGAAAAGACAGAGCAAGCCGAGAUUCAUUAGUUCCAAAAACUGCAGACCAACAGGACUCAAAAACCGAAGUGGCAUUAAAAAGUCCUGAUCCUAUUCAGGAUCAACCUUUUGAGCAAAUCACUGAUGUCUCACAUGCCAUUGAAACACAGAGCAUUGACAAACUGGGUCAAAAUGACACUGAAAUCAUUCCUCCAGGAUAUACCAAAGAAACAUCAACUUACGGCACAGAAACGGUCAACUCAAAGAACACAGAAAUGUCUUCUGGUUCCAUGGAAAGCACCGCUGUCCUGGACUCCUCUGACAUAAAACCAUCCUCAGAAAUAAAAGAAAUCAAGAGUGUCACCAAAACACCAGAACCAGAUAUCUUUCCAGUAGAGCAAACAACCUAUCUCUCAAUCAUCAAGAAGAUACGUCUACCACAACGUGGCAAGAGGUUGCCUUCGAGAAAGUCAGACAAAACCGAACCAGAAAAGGAAAUUACUGAACAAAAGUUAAAUGAGGAGUCUGGAAAACUAGCCCAGAUAAGUGACACUUCUAUGAGUCAUACAGAAGAAGUAAAGCAGACAAAUGUACCUGUUGAGCCACCUGUUGAUACGACUAGCAUUAUCACAUCUCAGAAAUCGGAGGAAGAGAAGACCAAAGAUAAAGGUCUUUGUAUCCCAAAGCCUCGUGUUAAAAAACGUCUCAGUGGCUCUUUCCCAGACAACUUUUCAGUCACAGAAAGUACAUCCAAGGUUUCCAUAGGAGAAAGUGGUCCAUUGUCCUUUUCCUCAACGACUUCAAGAGAUGAGCUUUCUACAUCUCCUGAAGAAAUGCUGACUGUGAAGUUAAGAAGCAAAAAAACAAAGCAAGGCAGUUGGCAAGUAAAAGGAGGAACAGAAGCUUCAAGUUUGCCCGUGCCAAAACCAAGAGUUAAGAAACACCUGAGUGGUUCAUUCCCAGAUGACACUACCAUUUCUGGCUCACCACCUUCCUACCUCCCUGGCACAGCAACUGACAACACUGGGCACGAAACAGUACAACAGAUUGAACAAUCUGGGUUGCCUGUUCCAUUGCCUCGGACAAAGAAGCGUCUCAGUGCGACCUACUCUGAUAGCACCCCACCAGUGGACAGUUUCUUCCCACCAGAACUUGAAUCAUCUCAAAAAUCCCAGGAAGAAUCAUCAAUCAUCAGCAAGGAAACGCAGGAAGGGUCAACAUCAAUGGAUUCAAGUGUGGUCUCUGUUGGUGAUUUUGUCUCAUUUCAAGAAGACGAUGCAGCAUUAGAGCUGGAACAGGAAGUUCUAGCAGCAAUGAGAGAAGAAUUUCCACCGGCAGAAUCUGUUGAAGAUACAGCUAAGGCCCUGGUUGAAAUCAUUGAAGGCUGGACCUUUACAGAUAAUCCAGAUAUACUUGAAAAAGGAGUUGAGGUGGUGUCCGAGCUGGCAGACAUGGAGAAAGUCCUGGGAGCAGAGGUCGAUAGGUCUUUAGCUUCCACUGUUGCAUCUUCUCCGGAUGAUUGGCUGCACGUAGACAACGAUAAAGAUGGUGAAAAUACAGAGGCAAAGGAAAGGAAAGAAAUAAGGGAUGAAGAGUUGGACUUUGGCUUUGUGUCGGUAGAUGGUUGUUUAGAAGAACAGCAAAGGCAAAAAGAGCAAGCAGAUGAACCUUCAGGCCUCCAAACAGCUGAGCCAACCACACCUCAGAAAAGACCUGCAGAUGGGGCUGCCUCUUCAGAAUAUGCUUCACCCAGUCCGAGCUUGGUUACCUCCAGUAAAUCUUUGUUGGAGUGGUGUCAGGAAGUCACAGCGGGUCACAAAGGAGUAAGAAUCACCAACUUCAGCACGUCCUGGAGGAAUGGCUACGCCUUCUGUGCCAUUUUACAUCACUUCCAUCCAGACAUGAUUAACUAUGAAAUGCUGGACCCAUAUGACAUCAAGACCAACAACAAAAAGGCGUUCGAUGGUUUUGCAGAGCUCGGUAUUUCCCGUCUCAUCGAGCCGUCAGACAUGGUUAUGUUAGCCGUUCCUGACCGCCUCAUUGUCAUGACCUACCUCAACCAGAUCCGCACACAUUUCACCGGCCAGGAACUCAGCGUGCUACACAUCGACAAGGACAGCAGCGAGUCCAGCUAUGCUGUCACAGGCGAGCGGGAGACCCCCGAGGACCCCGACGCCACGGUGCGGUACUGUGCUCAGCGUCUACAAGAGGGGGGGAUCAGUCUGGAGACUAAUGGGACGACGGGAACAGCAGAGGAGGCUAGACCAAGUACAGAUGUGGUUCCUCCUCCAAGAACCAAACGGCAGGGGGGGGCACAGACUCCAGUCGCACCGCCAAGGACUCAUUUCCUGUCUAAGUCAGGGUUCUCUCAUGUGAAAGAUGCUGAUCUGGUGAAGAAGAGGAGGUCACAGCGGAGGAGUGCAUCACUGGAGGAAGGAGAUAUAUCCAUGGUUGUAGAAGGCAAAGAUGAAAGUGGAAUCACCAGGAGGAAGUCAGAAAGUGAGGGAGCAGUGGCGGUGGUAGAGGAAGGACGUCCAGAAGGCCAGGAUGCCAGUCAGUACGUGCUGAAUCAGAUGGAAGCUCUGGAGGCUGAACAAAACCACAUUGAUAACCGAGCUGGAGUGGUGGAAAGAAAACUCAGACAGCUGCUGGAAACGGGCAGUGAUAAGGUGGAGGAGGAGCGUCUGAUCCAGGAGUGGUUCACGCUGGUAAACAAGAAAAAUGCUUUAAUCAGGAGACAGGACCAUCUACAGCUGUUGCUGGAGGAAGAAGACCUGGAGAGAAGAUUUGAGCUGUUAAAUAAGGAGCUGAGGGACAUGAUGGCCAUCGAAGAGUGGCAGAAGACUCAGGCUCAUAAAGUUCGAGAGCAGCUGCUGCUGCAGGAACUGGUUUCACUGGUGAACCAGAGAGACGAACUGGUGCGCAACAUGGACGCCAAGGAGAGAGGAGCUCUGGAGGAAGACGAGCGUCUGGAGCGCGGUCUGGAGCAGCGAAGGAGGAAGUACGCCAAACAGCAGAAAGAGAAAUGUGUGAUGCAGUGAUUCAGACAACUUCAUUCAUGAAGAAUCUGAAAACAGAGAGACUGGAUAAAGAACGGGACAAUCACGAACUCGUACGAAUCUACGAGUUUAAACCUGAGAGUUUAGCUCAGAGAAAUGUCUGUUUAUCCUCAGAGCCUCAGUGAGAGCGGUUUGUGUCUCCAGGCUGUUUGCUUUGCUGUUUGUGUGAUUUUUUUAAAAAUUAUUUUGGGACUUUUGUUGCAGAGUGUGGAUGUUAAGGAUGUUUGAGAAUAUUUCAUAAGAAUCAAACUGCCAAAAAAGUUUGGGAAAAGAGAAUAAACACAUUUUAUUUUUGGCAUUGAUGUGCUGUUAACCAAAAAUAUAGAGAACGUCAAAGAUUACAAGGAAGGAACCGCAUGAAUAUUAAACAAGUCCUCCAAAUAAGGAUAAAAUGCAGCAGUCUUCUUUAAGGUUUUAGUCCAGUUUAUGCACUUACACGUUCUUAAUUAGCAUUGAGAAAUGCGUCUUUGAUGCCCAUAUAAGGGCGUGAGACUGCCCUUAUGUGGGAAAUGCUGCAGUUUAAGAUAAAAGAACUAGUAAAGUUCAUCACACAGUGGAUGGAAUUAUGCAAUUUUUCACCAUGGAUGCCUUACCUCUAAACACCAGGGGGGAAAACAAGAUUUCUGCUGCUGUUUUGUUCAGAUUAAGGUCACCAUUUCAGUCCAAUGGAAACAUUUACCUGUCAGGUUCUCCAGCUCUUCUGUCAGGGUUUUUUUUUUUUUUUUAGCUCUGCUUUAGUUUUCAUUUAGAUAAAUUUGGGCUAAUAGGAAAAUUUAAAAAAGACGAGUUUGUUGAAAUGUUUACGUUAUAUUUUGUGGGAUUUUCUCUGAGGAGAAGAUGCAAAAAAAUAGGAAAGAAGCCAUACAGCCAGACUUUUACUAACUUGUAGCAUUUAUUUAAAGUUUUAUUUAUUCACAAUAACGGCCACGGAUACGUCUAUAAAAACAUUAUCGCUUUACUGAAAAGUAUUCAUGCCCCACUUAUAGUUGAAAAUGUGGACAACAGAAACAUCACUGAAAUGUUCGAAUCACUGAAACGUUUGCUGAAGGUGAAUAUUUGGAUGUUUGUGCAUGAUGAAAUGCUCUUUAUUAGGAUACAUCCCUCUUGUUUUUGUACUGAAAGCUCGUUGUUGUCAGCUGAGACAUUUCUGGGCUUGAGAGCUUUUAUUUUAAUUUUUUGUUUUGGUUUCUUUUGUUUUCUUUUUUCGGUUCUUUUCUUUUCUUUUUCAUUUGUUUUAUUUUACCAUAUUAUUUUGUUUUUAUGAUUUUAUUUUAUUUUGUUUAA